GGGGGGAGCGGCAUUUGUGGGCAGUUGGAAAGCCCGCGAAACGCUCUUUCCGGCUGCGAGGCAGGACGGGCGCUCUCCCGCGGGAGGAACAGGAAGCGCUCCCCUUGCAGGCCCCGCCUUCUUUUCGUGCCAGUGUACGACCUCCACGCAGCUUUUCUGCUCGGACCUCCGUAGAAGGUUCCCGCUUUACCAGAGGGGGUACUACUCCCCCUACCCCCGUUUGCCUCGCGGUCUCCAGCCUUCUCAGGCCCCGCAACGAUGUCUCCAGGCUCCCUCCCGCAGUUCCCGACUUCUCCGCUGGGUUCCGCUUUGUAGCCCCGCACGGCGCGCCUGAGUGUUUCAGGCCGCACAGGACUACAUUUCCCAGCCGGCCGAGCGGCUGGCGCCGACGCUACGGUCAGAUGACCUGGUCGCCUGACCCGCGGAUUGGCAGUGGGUUCCCCCGAGGAGAGCUGACCGCCCCGGGCUGCUGCUGACCUCCGCCGGACUUGAGCCACAAUGUCCCCGGAAUCGAAAAAGCUUUUCAACAUUAUUAUUUUAGGAGUUGCCUUUAUGUUUAUGUUCACCGCCUUUCAAACUUGUGGAAAUGUGGCGCAAACUGUCAUCAGGAGCUUAAAUAGCACAGAUUUUCACGGCAGUGGAUAUACCAGCAUGGCAAUUAUAUAUGGAGUGUUCUCUGCUUCAAAUUUGAUUACACCAUCAGUGGUUGCCAUUAUAGGACCUCAGCUUUCUAUGUUUGCAAGUGGUUUAUUUUACAGCAUGUACAUUGCCGUUUUUAUCCAGCCUCUCCCAUGGUCCUUCUACACAGCCUCUGUUUUCAUUGGAAUUGCAGCUGCCGUGCUUUGGACAGCACAAGGAAAUUGCCUGACAAUAAAUUCAGAUGAGCAUACUAUUGGGAGAAACAGUGGAAUUUUCUGGGCACUCUUACAAUCUAGCUUGUUCUUUGGAAAUCUCUACAUAUAUUUUGCUUGGCAGGGGAAAACUCAAAUAUCAGAGAGUGACCGAAGAACAGUGUUUAUUGCCCUCACAGUGAUUAGCCUUGUGGGGACAGUUCUUUUCUUUCUCAUUCGGCAGCCAGAUUCUGAAAACGUCCUAGGAGAAGAUGAGUCUUCUGAUGACCAGGACCUGGAAGUCAACGAGUCUGCGCAGAGCACUAUGGGAAAAGCAAUAGAUGCGUUCAGAAAGUCUCUUAAGUUAUGUGUCACCAAGGAGAUGCUGCUCCUUAGUAUUACAACUGCUUAUACAGGUCUGGAAUUGACUUUCUUCUCUGGUGUCUAUGGAACGUGUAUUGGUGCUGUAAAUAAAUUCGGAACAGAAGAGAAAAGCCUCAUUGGACUUUCUGGCAUUUUCAUUGGCAUUGGAGAAAUCUUAGGUGGAAGCCUCUUUGGCCUGCUGAGCAAGAAUAAUCGUUUUGGUAGAAAUCCAGUUGUGUUGUUGGGCAUCCUGGUGCAUUUUAUAGCUUUUUAUUUGAUAUUUCUCAAUAUGCCUGGGGAUGCCCCUAUUGCUCCUGUUGAAGGGACUGAUAGCAGCGCUUACAUCAAAUCCAGCAAAGAAGUCGCCAUCUUCUGCAGUUUCCUGCUGGGUCUUGGGGACAGCUGCUUCAAUACCCAGCUGCUUAGUAUCUUGGGCUUUCUGUACUCUGAAGACAGCGCGCCGGCCUUCGCGGUCUUCAAGUUUGUGCAGUCCAUCUGUGCAGCCGUGGCAUUUUUCUACAGUAACUACUUGCUGCUUCACUGGCAACUCCUGGUCAUGGUGAUAUUUGGAUUCUUUGGGACGAUUUCAUUUUUCUCCGUGGAGUGGGCCGCCGCCGCCAUCGUGGCCCGGGGCUCUGACUACCGAAGCAUUUGACCUGGGGCGCCUGCCAGGUGGGACAACAGCUGCAGGUGGCAGAGGGGAGGAGAGCCCGGUUGAAGAAGCCACCUUCCCUUUCCGCAGAGUAUUGGAUGAUGUUCAGGAAGGAAAAUCAAAGAAUUAAGACUGCUCAGUCUGCCAGGGUUGGUGUUCAAGUUUACAGACAUUAGCUAUUUAAAACAAGCAGAAUAAGGGAAACUUGUUCUGUCAAUUAUACUCGUUCAGAAAUGUUGUUUUUCAAUUCCUCUGUCUCAAAUUCCUUAUUAUCAUGUUAUGGAGUGUAAAUGUUUUCUUCGCCCUCCUGUUCUCGUUGAAAGAUGCUGCCCUGAUUCAGAACACUAGGCCGAAUGUCAAGUGAAGAUUCUUGCUGGGCAUGGGGUGUGUGCUACUAUGUAAUAAUAGGGAGCAUAUGCCCGCCCCACAUAUGUGUCUGCAAGUGACAUUUAAAUAAAUUGUGAGAUGCUGUAGUGGAAUCUUUGAAAAGAUUUGCACUUUCUUCCUCCUUAAACGUUUUGCUUUGGUAAGUUUUCCUACUUGUCAUUUGUAGCAAGGAGUAGCUAAUUAUUAUAAAACGAGGUAAAAAUUGCUGAAGUUUUAAAAAUGAAUCUAACAGGUAAAUGAACAAAACACAUUAAAAAUAUAUAUAUAUAUUUUGAAUUUAUUCAUUUGAGACACAGAGAUAGAGCAUGAGCAGGGGGAGAAGCAGAGGGAGGGAGAGAAGCAGACUCCCCGCUGAGCAGGCAGCCCGAUGCGGGGCUCGAUCCCAGGACCCUGGGAUCAUGACCUGAGCCGAAGGCAGACACUUAACCAUCUGAGCCACCCAGGCGCCCCACCAAAAAAUUUUUUUAAAGAUUUUAUUUUUAUUUAUAUGAGCAGAGGGAGAGGGAGGGAGCAGACGCCCCGCUGAGCAGGGAGCCCGAUGCGGGACUCGAUCCCAGGACUCCAGGAUCAUGACCCGAGCCAAAGGCAGACGCUUAACCAACUGAGCCACCCAGGUGCCCCCCAAAAUACAUUUAAACAACAACAGCAACAAUACACAUUUACCAGAGGAGGAUUUUUGCUAGCAUUUUCUUAGAAGAUGCAAUGCAAAAAAGAAAAAAAAGGAAAGAAAGAAAGAAAAAGGGACAUGUAAGCCAUUCUGUAGUAGCAGGCUGCCAUCUGUCCUAGAGCAGACAUCAUUCCUCACGUGUGUCUGGGGAUGCAGCAUAACUAUCUGGGGGGGUGUUUAAAUGGACUCGUUCACUUUCCUCCAUAAGAGCUUGCAUUACAAAUUCUAUUUUUUAAGAUUUUAUUUAUUUGACAGAGACACAGUGAGAGAGGAAACACAAGCAGGGGGAGUGGGAGAGGGAGAAGCAGGCUUCCCGCAGAGCAGGGAGCUCGAUGCGGGGCUUGAUCCCAGGACCCUGGGAUCAUGACCUGAGCCAAAGGCAGACGCUUAACAAUUGAGCCACCCAGGUGCCCCUACAAAUUCUUUCUAAUUGACAUCUAAUUCAGAAAUCAUGAAAUUCACCAUUUUAAAGUGUACAAUUUAGUGUUUCUUUUUUAGUAUAUUCAUGAGGUUGUGCAGAGAAGCACCAUGAUCUAAUUCUAGAACAUUCUCAUCACCCCAGAAAGAAGCCCCAUGCCUUUUAGCAGUCAUUCUCCAUUGUCUGGCCUGGCGUUGGCAAACACCAGUCUGCUUUCUGUCUCUAUGGAUUUGCCUGUUUAGCCGUUUCUAUGAAUGGGAGAGCUCACUUUUACCUGUGAUAUUUAACUGUAAGAAGGAUGAGUUUUACGGCAAGGUAAAUUCAGCCAAGAGGACAGAUAAUACCUUGUUUUCUAUUGUUUUUUUUUAAAGACCGUUUAGAAGUUUGGAGAUUUUUAUAGUUGGCUUACAAAUUUGAAGAAAUUCAGUGGAGUGUGAUUUUCAGACUUUAUGGCACAUGUCCUGCAGGGAGUCAGGAAGCUGUGUGGUCAGCUAGAAUCCUUAGAGAAAUGUCAUUUGUGUGGAGCACUAAACUCUUUUGUUCCAGGUUGCAUAAAGUUUUGGUUUUCUUUCUCGAAGUUGACAUAAAGCCAGUUGUUUGUUGAUCCUAUAUAAAUAAUUUAUAAAUGCUACUGCAGAAUUAAUACAAGUGAUUUUAUUGACUCUUUAAGCACGUGACUGCUUACCCAGGUGUAUUAGUUUUCUAUCAUGGUAUAAUCAUAGAUUACCCCAAAACUUAGCCCCUUAAAAUGACACACACUUACCGUCUUUCAGUCUCUGUGGGUCAGGAAUCGGCGUGGCUAGGCUGGGUCCUUGGCUCAGGGUCUGUCACAAGGCUGGGUUGGGCUUAACUGGGGAAGGACCCACUGCUCAGCUCACUCUUGCAGGAGUCAGCUCCUCGGAGGCUCCUGGAUAAGAAUCUUUGUUUCUCAUGACUGUUGGCCAAAGGCCACCCUCUCUGUUUCUUGUUACAUGGAGCUGUCCUCAGGGCAGCUCACAACGUGGGAGCUGUCUUCAUCAGAGAAAGCAAGUAAGAAGAGCCAGAGAAUGGUAGCAAGACAGAAUUCACAGUCUUUUGUUACUUAAUCUCAAAAGUGACAUCCCAUCACUUGUGCUGUAUUCUUUUUGUUAGACGCAAGUCAGUAGUUCUGGAUGGUAUUCCACAAGGGGUGAGUACCAGGAGUCAGGGAUCCUCUGGACCAUCUUACGAGGCUGCUUAUCACACCAGGCUUAAACUCCCUUGCAUUUAAGCUCACACUGGGUAGGCCCUGCAUUCCCACAUCACACCUCCUGGGCUCUCACUCCAUUUGCUCAUAAUGGAUCUGCAAAACGAGGCUGGUAGAGGUUAAGUAGCUUCUGUAAAUGACACAGAAUACUUCCCUCCAAGAAAGCCAUAGCAUCUCAAGUCGUGUCAAGAAGGAAAUGAAAUAGGGUGUGGUGCAUAGUCAGGAACAUGACUUCCGGGCUGCAUCCAACCGAUAUGUGCAAUCAUACUCAUUUGAAAUUCUGUACUCACAUUGUGUUUUCCGGGGUUUUGUUUUUACUCGGUUUUUUAUGUCUAUGAAUAGUGUCGAUCCUGGUGGGCUCUUCAGAUGACUGGUAACAUUAAGCUCAUCUUUUAAAUUUUUUUUAUAUUUGAGUUAAAAAGGAAAUGUGACAAUGAAAUAAAGAGUUUAAUUUUUA